CUAAUGAGCUGGCCAGAAACUCUCACAUGACAUACAGUGGUCUGCACCCUACGCGCGCGUACGCGGUCGGUGAUCGAAGAACAGCCCGGGCGAGCAAGCUACAUGCAGAGGUCGCUCUUUGGUUGAUCUGCGUAGAGGCCAUCGAGGGCCUAGGGUGCAUUACAACUUAACUUGCUACAGCGCCAGGCAACAACAAACAGUGGGGAUUAUCUUGAGGACGGAAGCUUAGUUAAAAAGGAUGUGUGCUUGAUUCUACUGCGUUUUCUUUGCAGAUCUUAUUUUCCUGAUCAUUUUUCCGUAGUGAGACAACUGACGGGGGUACUUAGAUGGAGGGGUUCUUGGUCAAGGAUUCCUUGACGGUGCUGACGCAGAAUGGCGAGUGCUCCAUCCAGCUGUGUCUCGGCGACAUUACCAAGCUGAAACACAAGGACAAAGUGGAUGUGAUUCUCAUUUCAGCUUUCCAAGGUGACUACUCCCCCACCCCGACAUCCGUCAUCGGGGCGUUACUGCGAAAUCUGGAGAUAAAUGUGCGGCAUUUGGCGCGAGACAAAGAGGAGGAUUUGCGGAAGCUCUACAGCUGUUGGUGGUCCCGGCCCUUACCCGCUGACAAACCCUACAACAGACUCCUGUGCUUCGAAACCAAACUGUUUGGGUCUCGGCGCCCCCAGGAGUUGGUUAGCGAUGUGUUCCGCUGCCUGGUGCCCAUACUCAACAACAAGGAUGGCACGGUUAUCACACCUCUUCUCAAUACAGGGGACCAGGGCUUUGACCAGGUGGUCAUGUUGAAGGGGAUGGUGGAGGCUGCUGUCAACUGGAUGAAGGCCGGCUUGCCCCUGCGCAUGCUGAAGAUUGUCCUGUACUGCCAGGGCAAAGACGAUGAGGCCAUGGCAAAGGCCGCCGAGAGGGACUAUUCCAGAGUUUUCAAGAGCUUUGAGGACCUGAAGGAGUGCUACAUGAUGAAGGACUUGACCCCCAAGGAAGUCACCAUAGAUUUUGACGUCUACCUGUCCUUCAGCCAGCAUGACACAAAGGUCGUUGACCUCAUCACCGACAAACUGCACUCCAACAAGUCGGACAUCCGCAUCUUUGACAGCCGCCAAAUGAUGAACAUGGACUCGGUGUGGCAGGAAGACAUGUAUGACGUCAUGAUGCACAGUGCUAGGGUCAUCACAGUCUUGACGCCUAACUACCUACAGUGCACGGCCUGCAUAGAGCAGUACAACAUCGCCAUGUGCUGCUCCCGCAAAGCUAUGAGGAAUAUGCUGGCGCCAUUCUACGUCAAGGAGAGCCCCCUGCCUACGUACAUGACACAAGUGCAGUAUGUAGAUUGCAGAUCGAGUGUCACCGAGCGGAUCGGAGAGGCCUGUCACCAGGUUGUCAUCUCCUUGAGCGUCACCUUGAGGGCUGAGCCCCAGAUGGAUCCCUCCCUCCAGUAUGACGUCUUUGUCUCUUACUCUCACGCUGACUCAGAGAGGGCCAACCACAUCGUGGCGACGCUGAAACGUCUCAACCCUGACCUGCGGCUUUUCUUCGACAUACAGGAGCUAAAAACAGGUAGCGCAUGGCAGCGCACGUUGUACCACUCCAUUGAUGGCACCAGGGUCAUGCUCGCCCUUAUCUCCAACAAGUAUCUCUCCUCCGCUGUGUGUCAGGAAGAGUACAACCUGGCAUUGGCCAAGCACUGCUCACAGUCGUCAUCUCUCAAGCUUGUCCCUGUGUGCAUCGAGGACAUCUAUGGGGUCGCUGCAGAGUUCACCAAGGUCAAGAUGGUGAACGCCAAAGGAGGAAGGUUUCAGGCAGCAGUGGACGCCACAUGUACGGCCGUUGUCGAUUGGCUCGCCGACAAAGACGUCCCAGACAACGGCAAGGAACUCUUUAGACAGGAUAAGAAUUUAGCAGCUGAUGCAGACGUAGUCACUGAGAGCCAGAGAUAUGUUCAAUUCAAGAAGCAAUAUGGCACUAAGGAUGCGCUGCUUCCAAAGACAGGGCGCUUUGUGACAGCCCUCCCUAAAUCGGUGCCUGCACGCCCGGAAAAGUCUGAAGGUGAAGAUGAGGCUAGCAAGUGUGACGUGGCUUUCAGCUUCGCCGAGGAAGACGAGAAGUACGCUCAGCACCUCGCAAAAUUGCUCAUGAGAGUCAAAGGCAUCAUGGUCAAAAUGAAAGCCACCUCGGACCACGAGCGACUGGCGCUGAUGGACCAGGCCAAGCACGUGGUGGCCUUCCUGUCUCCCCACUACACCCACUGCUCAGAGAAGUGCGAGGAGUUCAAUAUCAUCCUCUCACGCCAGCGCCUGUCCCGCGGGCGCAUCCUGUUCCCCGUGCACCUGCACGUGCUGCCGCAGCAGCCGACAUACUUCCACCUGGUGCCGUCUGGUGUCAACGCCUCAGACAAGCUGUGGCCGGAACUUUGCACAAUUCUGAAGACUGACAGGGACAUGUAUGUGCUGGAGAAGCACACCAAUAACAUUUCCCUGCCUACCGAGUUGGCCCUCCAAGAAGCAGCCUGUCAGAUACUACAGGAAAUACAAACACAAAGGACCUCUUCCCUGCCAUCCUCAGAGGAAGUGAAGGCAUCGCCGACCCUGUUGAACGUCAACAAAGUCCAAUACCAAGUCGACCACGCGUUCACUACAGACACUGAUUCUGUUGGAGAGUACUUACUGUCGUUAACGCUAGAUGAGGAGGAGACAGCAGAUGCACAGACAUUAAAUGAUAUGAAGGUGGUGGAGCACUCGCAGUCCCCUGUACAAGCUCAGCCAGAUCCUGUCGAAGAAGCCCCUAGCCAGACAGAAUUGGCUGUUACCAGUUCAAAGCAGCCUGAAAGCUGCACUGAAGAACCGGUCUUAACCAGUUCAAAGCAGCUUGAAAGUUGCACUGAAGAACCGCUCUUGACCGGAUCUCAGCCAGGCAGCACCACUGCACAUCAGCCGGGUGGAACCAGCGUGGAACUAGUCAGGACUGGUUCUUAUACCGGCAAUGCAAAAGAAGAAUGCAGCCACUCCGACAUAGUCAGACUAAAUGAGGCUAGAAAACACAAGGGCAGUAGAUCUUGUGCCUUAGUUUGAGACAUUAACCUUUGACCCCUACCAUGUUGCAGUUAAUUAAAUUUUUUGUUAGAACACAAAGAAACUCAAAUUUACCGGUAAGACCUAUCAGUCGAGUGACUCACCUUUCAUAGACUGAUGUUUUAAAGCUGUGGAAGCAUCUUCCAGUGAAUGUUUACAGUGGCUGCUACUUGUUAAGAUAUAAUGAAUGAAAUAUUUUCCAAAUGUCUCCUGUUAAGUACAUGUAUUGAUGUACUUUAUUCUGGAUUAUUGUAAUCAUAAGUGCUGUGAUGUAAUUUACUAAGAAAAGUGCCCUGAGCCUUACGGACCCUGGUGGAUCCCCCAUGACUUUUUAUUCCGAUGUCGCUGCUGUGCUUUUUUUCUUUUCGUGAGCCGAGGUGUUAGGAUUUUUUGAGUAACUCUUGGACACAGAUUUUGUGAAAAUCAAAAAUGCUGUUCUUGUGCAGCGUCCAUUUUGCCAAGAGAGAUCAGCCCACAAUGUAUACUUUUUCCACUGCCAUGUUCAAUGCACGCGCGCUGGCACACGUAUGGCUUGGAACUUCCAAUGACCGUAACAGCAAAACCCAGUGUUGGAGUCGAGAACAUCACAAGACCAGACACAAGACCAUGCACAAG